CCGGUCGAGUAUGUCUGUUUUCUUUUUAAACCAGUAAAACAACUGCUCCGCCGUCCAUGGAAGCGUCUAACUUCGUCUAACUUUGUGUCUGCGAAAACUUAAUUAUUUUGAAUUUAACAAUUGCCCUGUUCCUAAAGAUGAGAUAUGUUUUUGAGGUAAGACAAGACCGUAUUUUAGCGCUUUUCCAAAAAGCGUAAAACACAUCUGAUGUCUUAUGUAUAUCUACUCCGAUAACGGUAGAUAUUGAUAAUGCCGGUAUCGAUAAAGUCGGACCAAUUCUUUGGUUUGACCGACUUUAAGAACAAUUCGUCAUUCUCAAGUUUUGAAAUGAAUCAUAGACUGAUGGCGUAUAGAUAGGCGAACAUUUUGAAAAAUAUGUUUUUAUGCGCCACAAAAGAUACGAAUGAUAAUAAUAUACGCACACACCCUUACAAGACUUGGGUGCCAGAGUUUGAAUGACAGCUUAUCCAUCCGAAAUCUAAUUUUUUACAAUCUCAUAGCGAACAUAUUGCUCCAAUAAUGUAGAACGGCUAACACGUCGCGCCACCUAAGUGUUCUAAAUUCGGACGACUAAAACUUUGCUAUUUCAACAUUCUUCCAUUCAAGGACUGAACUAGUCAUGAAAACAUGUCAUUAAAUUCAACAUGAUGAAUCAAGAGUUCGUUCAAUGUUUACACCCAAAAAUAAUUACAAAAAUGCAGACUCAAUUCAUUUCGCGUAAUUGUUGUCACUUAAUUUCGCAUAUAAUAUAUAAUAACCAACAAAGACAAAUGAGGAAGUUUCUUUUACCAAUAAAUGAAUAAUGAUUUACAAGAAUUUCCAAGUUAUGGUGAUUUGCAUUUGUAUACAAACACAUUGGUUUGAGCGUUGUAUUCCUUUUGUUAUGUACUUCUUAUAUUCAUCAGUGUAUGUAUUUGGAUCUAAGUAGGUUUCCAAAACAAAUAUGAAAUCUGUAAAACCACAAAAAUAUUACAGCAUUAGCUCAAGUAUCUUAAACAAAAAAAAUUGCUUUCUCUGGUAACAAAAAAAAAAUCAUCAGUUGAAAUUAGGGAAAAGGAUGAGUAUCUUUUCCUCUAGUUUUACCGGGGAAGAGGGGAAAUUUCGCUCUUAGAUCUCGAGCUUGAUAUGUGCACAAUAGUGGCGGAUCCAGGACUCCCCCCCUUUCUGACAGAAAUUUAAGAAGGAUUUCAUGGGCUCUAAAAUCCAGAAGGUUAUUUACUGUGGUAUGCCUUCCCCAACCUUCGAGAAAUCCUCGUUCUGUUUCGUUCUAACAAGAAAUGCUAUAUAAGCCCAAACAGAUGGUAACGAGUUUGUGAGGGCUAUUUUCUGGCACAGCGGCCAAGUUUCCAAUAAGUUUCAUUAUCACAGGGGAUAUCUGUCUCUACGGCUUGCCACAGUAAACAAAGAGCUUUUCGCUAUUUGUGUUGUUCAAAUGAGAUUUGUCCUAACCGCUAAUGCUUAAAUGGGCAGAGCAACUUCGCCUCCUUGUACAGCAAACCAAUUAGCAAUGUCUUUGUGUCUCACAGAAUCCGUAGAUUACCGAGUUAUCAGUGAUCCUAAUUGAACAAAUUGGCGACAAAUGUAUACCACUUUAAAACAUAAAUUAAUAUAUUUAGACCCAUGAAUAAGGCUAGUGCGCGAGCCCUCUUUAAGUUUCUAUGGAGGAAGAUUUCCCGCCAUUAGUCAUGCGUGUAAAAAAUAACGCCUGGUGUUGAAUGGUAGAGAAAAAGCAAAACAUACUAUAGAAUAAUGGAAGUUAAUGCUUCAUCCUACUAAUUAAACCGCUAAAGCGUCUAGCGUGUUGGUGGUAGUUUUAUGUGUGGGGGGCGAAUAAAGUUUACACAGACGCAUCCAGUCGCUGUUAUGGUGCAGAAGGAUAUUCCGAUGCACAGCUUAGAAUUAGAUAUGGAAACAAAGUAAAAUAGCUGAAGAAGCUAACGACUAUGUGCAGAGAAACAGGAACUGAUGUAGGUGCAAGUGCUAAAGACACAGUUGAAUCGGAGUUGUCGCUAAAAUCAAAGGUUAGCCCGACUUCGCACAGGUUCUCUACCCCCCCCCCCCCCCUAGCUUAUAUAUAUGCCGAUAGAAGGUGCUUGAAAAUCAUAGAAAUAACUUAAGAUAGCGGGCUUUUAUGUGGUAAACUGAUAAGGAUGACCAUAGCGUGCUGGUUCGUGAUGAUAGCGGGAGAAUAAAGCCUUUGUAGAGAGCUCCUAAAGUGCUGUUCUAUUGGUAGAGACCAUAGUGUUUAUAUGCAACCACAUAAGGUGAACUGUUCCAAAUAACCAGUGAGCUUCAUCCUCCUACACGGAAUGACGAAGAAGUAUUUUUCCAUUGCUUACGGGCAUUUCCACACGGUUGCCUUGAAUCCGGUGAUGGCGGCCUUCAAGAGAUGGCGGGCACGAUACAAGAGAUAUAAGCUGCAAAUCCCCCCUCAAAUGCGGAAUCGCAUAAUUCUCCACUACGGAUUAUUCAAGAUAACAUGGGACUGGUUGAUAAUGGUUUUAGUGCUUUACACAGCCGUCGAAGUACCCUUUGUGUCAGCCUUUAUCAUGUCUCAGGCUGACUUAAAUAAAAGACUGAAACAUCCUAAUGUGACCGGGAACACAUUCGAGCGAAUGAAGAAGUUGUACCCGGACGCCUACCCCCUACUGCUGGUUGACACGUGUAUAGACGUGAUCUUCAUGCUCGAUAUCGUGCUGAACUUUCGCACGACGUACGUAAAGGAGGGCGAGGUGUUGAUUACCAACCCUUGCAAGAUAGGCAUCCAUUAUCUGCGGUCGUACUUUAUCGUCGACUUCGUGGCGGCAAUACCAUGGGAACUGUUGCUGGACCUCAAUGCGGACGAGAAUACUACUCUUUUCAGUCUUCUCAAGACGGCAAGGUUACUACGGCUGUUUCGGGCAGCGCGAAAACUGGAUCGAAACUACGAAUACAUGACGUCAUUACUAUUUUUGAUGUUGAUGUUUUUCAUGCUGGUCGCUCAUUGGAUGGCUUGUAUCUGGUACAUGAUUGGUUUCUCAGAGCAGAAGCAUAAACAGACGUCCUGGCUCAGUAUCCUAGCGACCGAGAGCAAUAAACACUUCCACCCAACUGACCCCUGGAGCGGCCCCUACCUACCGUCACGAUACCUAACGUCAUUAUAUUACGUUAUGACCUUAUGCACUACUGUCGGGUUCGGAAAUGUUUCGGCAAAUACCGACGGCGAGAGGAUAUUCACGAUAUGUGGCAUGCUACUCGGAGCGGUGAUGUACGCCGGCAUCUUUGGUAACGUGACUGCCAUCAUUCACGGCCAGUACUCUAGCAACUUCCGGUACCGCAAGGAAUCCAUGGCCAUCAACGAGUUCGUUCGCUUCUACAAGAUCCGCAACCCUCUGGCCAGGCGGCUCAGAGAGUACUCUCGGCACACGUGGUCACAAACCAAGGGCACUGAUAUGAACAGGGUGUUGAAGAAGUUUCCCGAAGGCCUUCAGUACGAGAUCCGUCUCCACAUGCACCUGACGGUGCUCUCCAACUCCUUUCUCUUCAUGGACUCCGAGAGCAGCUGUUUGCGCGGCAUAUCCAUGCGCAUGCGCAGACAGUACCACUUGCCGGGCCACUUCAUCAUGUACGAGGGGGACGAGGUCGACACUCUGCAUCUCAUUAAGAGGGGCAAGAUUGAAAUAAUCGUGAACGGCGUGUGCAGGGGGAGACUAGUUGAUGGGGACGCGUACGGCACGAGCCUGAGGCAGGCCGGGAGAAGACCAAAGUCGGUAGCGAGUCUGCGCGCUGCCACGUGUGUCGAUUGCCACGUGAUCAAGAUCGAGGAGUUGGAUGACGUCAUGCAGUCGUACCCAAGUUCCCGUGCGCGCUUGCUGACGGCCAUGGAUGAUGCGGAUACAUAUGCGUUCUGUGAAGAGGAGGACUUAUUACAGGGCGGUCAACUUAGUCCAGCAGGCACACUUAAAGGUAACCAUAAUGGCGAAGUCCAUCACAUGAUUUUAGAAGAGAACAGCAAAGAAAAGAACCAUUUCAGCAAAACGAAUCGACGAAAGCUCUUGGCUCGGGUGCUUAAUUUCCGCCCAGUACUCGGAUGCCGAAGGAGUGACGCGACGACGAGCGAAAACACCCGAUUGUCUACCGAGCACGAACUUGCGCUAAAUCCGCAACCUCGGAACAUCAGUAUGAACCAAGACAACGAAAGUCAUGGUAGAUUUGUCAACAUCACCGACCUCAGCGCUAUACGGACGGAUACCGAAAUAACUCCGGAGAUUAUCGACGAGUUUCCGGAAAACCAAGCCGAGUCCGACCUCGAGGAGGAGACCUUUGAGGAGGCCCCCGAGCCUUUGCUGUCCGAUAUCAAUGAGAAUUUCGUAGAGUGUUCCCAAGAGGCACACGAGAGAACUGUAGAGAUGGGCGAGAAGUACAGGGAGAUGUCACGUGACAUCAAGCGACUCGAGAAUAAAGUCGAUACAUUGAUCGCUCUGCUGAGCCAGCAGCAAAAGGCUGCUUCUACGCAUGCGUCAAUAAGUGAGCCGGACUCACCCAAUCAAAUGCACGUGACUUCAGUUUAACAAUUAUAUUAAUAGAUGAUCUUUUCAUUCUGAUCACGUGGGAAAAUUUAUCGACGGCUAACUUGACAGUGCCGUGAUGAUUGACAGAUUCUUUCAUAAGGCCACACCCUCAAUGGGAGUGAUAAUAACUGCCGUUCAUUGCCAGAUUCCACUCCUUAUUUCACCUGUCGGCCAUAUUAGAUUCGGUUUAUCAUGUAGUGUCGGUCUACCUGUGGAGAUGGGCCAGCCUCUGCCAGGGUCUUCGUUAGCUGAUGGUCGACAUUCUUGAUCGUGAAGGAAUUUAUACUCAAAACAUGUAAAUAGGAAGAAUUCAUAUAUAAAUGUUGAUGACGACUGACAAGUUUCCUAGGCAUUUUCAAGAGAUGCUUUAUUAUAUUUAUACAUGCAUCACCUUCCGUUCGCUUUGUAAUAUAAAAUUGUUUGCUUGUGUAACACAUUUUCCAAAUAUUGCAUAUUUAAUGACUUCAUUUCAACUGCUUCUUGAAAUGUGAACUGUAUAUUUAUAUUUUUCUUUAUAGGAUUCCCUAUCAGAAAAUGCAUCAUAGCUUUGUCACAUUGGAAUUAUUUGUAACUGUUGUCAAAGAAAUUUCUAUCACCGC